GACCGUCUCCGUGGGAAAGUGGAGACAAUCGACAAUCGACAAUCGACAACCCUAUCCAGUACAACUGUGUAUCACGUCCUCUCCAAUAAUCCUACCGGUACGAGUACACACUUCGAAAAUCCAAAAUCUCCUGCAAUCAGACAGCAGAACAGACACGAAAACAUGUUUUCCUCCCGAUCCAUCCUACUCCUCAUUGCUUUGGUCGUCGCCGUUUCGGCUGGCACAAGCAAAGAAGGCCUUGAGUUCCUCGCGAAGAAAGCUACCGAGGAAGGGUAAGUCAAUCUUUCGCGUCUCGUUGAAAUCGGUUGGAACCAAGACUGAGGCGUAAAAUGGACACUUUCAUAGCGGACAAACAAUAUGCUACUGUACUUACGAUUGAUGUGUUUUGCACCGUUUUUUGUGUUGCAUGAAUUGCAUUCUUUUUGCAACUGCAGAGUCGUCAAACUUGAAUCGGGUUUGAUGUACAAAGGUACGAGUUGAAAAUGAAGUGGUAGAAUUAAAUCUGACGACGAAAAAUUUUGACUUCAUUUCUCAACAAUUGCUCUUUCGCAUCGAUUAAUUUAGAAAUCUCUCCUGGAAAUAAUUCUGGCAAAAAAGCGAAGGUCAAUACCCCAUGCGAGUGCCACUACGCCGGAACCUUGAUUGAUGGAACAGAGGUAAUUAUAGAAAGAUGCUGUUUGUUACACCCUCAUUCCGAAUUGAACUCCCUCGAGAACAACUCUGACCGAUUCGUUUCGUUGUGCUUUUGCAACCGUUAGUUUGACUCGAGUUACAAGAGAGGACAGGUAAUUUUAUAUGAUAUGAAAUCAUUUGAGACGAAUUGGUUAGCAUCGAUUUGAAUGUGAGUGUUACAGUGAGGAUUGGUCGUCUCAUUGAUAUGUUUGUUUCGCAUCCUGGAUUUUUGCCCUCGUCCUUUUCUUCGAUUUUGAAAUUUUCAGCCUUUGACGUUUGCCCCAAACCAAGUGAUUAAGGUACGUCCAUUGUGAAUAAAGUUUGCGAAUUUCUUUCCGUUGUUUUCUAUCAUUACUAAAGCUUAAAUUGGUAUCCAAUCUGUUUUCUACUUUUUAACAAGGGUUGGACCGAGGCCUUGCAGAUCAUGGAUGAGGGAGCCAAGGUGUGUUUGAUAAUAUCUGUUUCGUGAUACUUUGAUGAAGAGAUUCCGCUAGACGGUUCGAAAUGAAACUCAUACUUUUUAAUUGUUUGGUCUUAUCAGUGGGAACUUUACAUUCCUUCGGAACUUGGUUAUGGCGACAGAGGAGCCGGAGCGUAAGUCCUUUUUGUAUUUGCAAUGGCAGUUUUAUUUGGUUUUAUCACGGUAUGCAACGAAUGCGGCUUUGACAUUCAAGCUUAUUUUGCGUCUCAAACAUUACAAAACGCGUCUUUCACAGUUCCAUUCCAGGCGGAGCCGUUUUGGUCUUCACCCUGGAAUUGAUCGAUAUCAAGCUUUAAAGUGGUUUGUUUCCGCUGGUUAGUAGAAGGAUGUUUUUGCAUUCAACGAAGUGCGAUGCUCGAAUUUCAUGAUAAACACUUCUGUCACAGCGAACAUUCAAAGAGUUCAUUCAGUGAUCAAGAGACCUUCAUCUUCAAGAAGUUGCUUAUGUUGAAAGCCAUUGUUCUAAGUGGAUCGAGCUACAUAUAGUUUGCAUUGCUUCAAAUAAUGAAAAAUAAUUCAUUACCACCAUU